AUGAGAGUCGCUACUCUCUUCUCCGCUCUUUGUACGGCGGCGGUCGCCAGCGCCGAGCUCGCCAAGAUCUACAUCCAACCCGUCUCAACAUCACCCAGCACAGAGACUCCCCCCGACUUCCUCGCCGAUAUCGAAUACCACGUCGCAGACUCCUCCGUCUCCGAAGUAGUAUCUUACGAGUUCCCCGAAAUCCCCGAAGAUGUCGAAACCGUCCGCAUCGGCCUCUACGACAGCUCCUCCAAGUCCUGGAUAGCUUCCUCCCUAGCAUCCGUGGAGAACUUCAACAAAGGCUACGCGCCGGUCAUUCUGCUUUCCGUGGACCAGGCUGGACGGCCGAUUGGUGUCACUUUCAAGGGAACCCUCAUAGAUGCUGGCCAGACGAGAGACUUUGGCCCCAAGGCUAUCGUCUCGGUUACGAGGAAGGGGGCGCAGCCCGAGCUGAACAAGCCGAUUGUGCUGUCGCCAGAGGGCAAGAAGGUCGUAGAGGAGGAGAAGACUUUGCUGCAAAAGUACUGGUGGGUAAUAGCGGCCGGUAUGCUUUUGAUGAUGUCGGGUGGAGGAGAGGGAAAAUAG